AUGGCGGCUCAAUCCAGUUUACGCUCAUCAGGCGACCCACUGAUGGUCUUAUUCAAGAAAUAUACAGAUAGACUGAAAGCCCGGGUAUACGGCACCUCCCGAACAACGCGCCUGCUCGCAACCGUCGCCCUCCUCGUCUCCAUUGUAUCCUCCGGAUAUGGAACAUAUAACAUCUGGCGAAGCCGGCACGUCGAAGACGAGACGGGCAGGAUGUUAUUUCGGCGCAAUUCCGGCGUGAAAGGAAAAGAUGGCUCGCGAACCAUAUAUGUUCCGUACAAGCAUACCACGGCGAAGGUGACGAUCCACGCGACCAAGGAGACGACCUUCGAUGCCCAUCGUCGACUAUUCCUUCAGCCUCCGAAAGCGGCGAAGCUGAGCGACAGCUAUACUCCGCAGGUCCCGCCGCCGCAGACAAAGCCGGGGCUGAACCUGGCGUUCUUGCACCAGUUCUUGAGUUUGUUGAAUAUCAUGAUACCCAGAUGGAAGAGCAAGGAAGCUGGCCUGCUCCUCAGUCAUGGUGUCUUCCUGAUGCUACGGACAUAUCUGUCCCUUCUUAUUGCUCGGCUGGAUGGCGAGAUUGUCCGUGACCUGGUCGCCAGGAAUGGAAGGGGUUUCAUGUGGGGAAUCAUUAAGUGGUGCGGGAUUGGCAGUCUUGCCUCGUAUACCAACGCCAUGAUUAAGUUCAUGAAAUCGAAAGUGUCAAUUGCGUUCCGGACGCGGUUGACGAGAUACAUUCAUGACUUGUAUCUGCAUGAGAACCUCAACUACUACAAGCUGCACAAUUUGGACGGAGGCAUCGGUCAUGGUGCUGAUCAAUACAUCACACAGGAUCUAACUUUGUUCUGCGCUUCAGCCGCAUCGCUUUACUCGUCACUCGGCAAGCCGCUGGUUGACUUGGUUGUCUUCAACUACCAGUUAUACCUCGCACUCGGCCCGCUCGCCAUGUCGGGCAUCAUCGCCAACUACUUCAUAACCGCGACGGUUCUGCGGAAGCUCUCGCCGCCAUUCGGGAAAUUGAAGGCCGUAGAAGGACGCAAAGAGGGAGAUUUCCGCUUCCUCCAUUCCAGGUUGAUUGCCAAUGCUGAAGAAGUCGCGUUCUACGGAGGAGAAAAGAUGGAAAAGGCGUUCCUUGACAAAGGGUUCAAAGAGUUGAAGAACUGGAUGGAGGGAAUCUAUAACCUCAAGAUCCAGUACAAUAUGCUUGAGGACUUUGUUCUCAAAUACUCCUGGUCCGCUUUUGGGUUCGUAGUCACCUCUCUCCCUGUCUUUUUGCCAUCAUGGGGCGGACUCGGCGGGGCCUCCGAGAUGGUCCAGUCGACGGAGCGGAAGGGUCGUGAACGCGGUCGGAUGAAGGACUUCGUCACCAACAAGCGUCUCAUGUUAUCCCUUGCCGAUGCCGGUGGUCGGAUGAUGUAUUCCAUUAAGGACCUCUCGGAGCUGGCAGGGUACACGUCGCGAGUCUACACCUUGAUCAGUACCUUACAUCGAGUACAUGCCGAGGCCUAUUUCCCUCCGUCGGGCACCCGACCAGAGCCCUUCUCGCUGUCAGACGCCCAAGGCACAACCCACAAAGGGUUCGAUGGCGUCAGACUGGAGAAUGUACCUGUUGUUGCACCCGGCCUAUUUCCACUGGGCGGGGACGAGCUUAUCGAGAGCUUGUCGUUCAUCGUCCAUUCAGGCGAACACCUACUCAUCACCGGACCGAAUGGCGUCGGAAAGAGCGCCGUAUCCCGAAUUGUUGCAGGCCUCUGGCCUGUGUAUCGUGGACUGGUCAGCCGGCCGCGAACGGUUGGGACCGAUGGCAUCAUGUUCAUUCCUCAGCGAGCGUAUCUCAGUACCGGCACGCUCCGCGACCAGGUGAUCUAUCCUCAUACGGAGGUCGAUAUGAAAGAUGCGGGCGUCCGGGAUUCCGAGCUGAACCAAAUUCUCGAAGAUGCGAAACUCGGAUAUCUUCCGGACCGUGAAGGCGGAUGGGACACUCGCAAGGAUUGGAAGGACGUACUGAGUGGCGGGGAGAAGCAGAGAAUGGGGAUCGCGCGGUUAUUCUACCAUGAGCCUCGGUAUGCUGUCAUCGAUGAAGGCACCAGCGCAGUGAGCAGCGAUGUGGAGGGCUUGUUGUACGAGCGGGCUAAAGCCCCUUUGAUUACCAUUUCCACACGCGCCUCGCUCAAGCGUUACCAUACUUUUACCCUGACCCUAGGUAUUGGAGACAACGGCGACGAAUGGGACUUCCAUCGCAUCGGCACGUUAGCCGAGAAAUCAACCGUGGAGAAGGAACUCCUGGAACUCAAGGAACGCAUCAGCCGCGUUGAGGAAAUGAAACGUCGGAGACAAGAAAUCGAGCAGGAAUUGAACAAGGUGUGGGUCGAAGGUGGGGAUGAGUUGUCUCCCCCUCCAUACGCUGAGAAAGUUGAGGAAAACAAAGACGAAGAAGCCGCGCCUUAUGAUCCGGGGAAUUAUGAUGAUGUCGAAGAGAUGUCAGAGGCGCCAAUCAACGCCGAAUAG